CUGCUCCAGGAUAUUACCUCUUACCCUUGGGAAAGAAUUCUGGCAAAGCAUUUCUUACCCCAUGGAAAGCACUUUUAAGGCUGUCAAACUUUUCAGAGUAUUCACUUCAACAAGUUGGAUGUAAUUCAUAACUUUACUCUUUUAUCAGUCCAAUUAGGUUAACAUAUAGAUGAGGAUAUAUGGUUUCACAACAACCAUAGAAGAACUUUGAAUCUGCUAAAACGUCACAAAGAAAGUAUUCUCCAUAGUCAACACACGAGCAGCUCGUCACCAGCUCAGUGAAAGCAGACACAUUGCUCUGUGCAAGAAUGAAGACUUUGCAGACUACUUUUUUGUUGUUUGCACUGGUACCUUUGGUAAAUUCAGCACCACCUAUACAGCAAGAAUCAGCCCAGUUCUAUGACUAUGAUACAGAUGUUACCAUGGGAAGCCUGAUCCAUCAAGAUUAUGAAAUGCAAUCCAAGGAUAUAAGAAAGGAUGGAGCAAACAUUUCUCUUGACACCUCCCUAAAACUGCAAGGGGAUGACAGCCAACUCGAUGCACCACCAACAAAGGACACAAAUUUACCUACUUGUCUGCUCUGUGUGUGUUUAAGUGGAUCAGUAUAUUGUGAGGAAAUGGACAUCGAAGCUGUACCCCCACUGCCCAAGGAAACAGCGUACCUUUAUGCACGAUUUAACAAAAUAAAAAGGAUUGCAGCCUCAGAUUUUGCUGACAUUACUACCUUGAGAAGAAUCGAUUUCAGUGGAAACAGAAUAGAAGAAAUUGAAGAUGGAGCCUUUUCAAAGCUUCUGUUACUGGAAGAACUUUCUCUUGCUGAAAAUCAACUUAUGAAACUUCCUGUUCUACCUCCCAAACUAACAACAUUUAAUGCAAACCAAAACAGACUCAAAAGCAGAGGAAUCAAAGCAAAUGCUUUCAAGAAACUGACAAAUUUGGCCUACCUCUACUUAGGACAUAAUGCACUGGAAUCUGUUCCUCUUAACUUACCAGAAAGCCUGCGUAUUCUUCACCUUCAGUACAACAAUAUUACUACAAUCACUGAUGACACGUUCUGCAAAUCUAACAACACGCGUUACAUCCGAACAAGUAUGGAUGAGAUAAGGAUGGAAGGCAAUCCCAUUGUCUUGGCAAAGCAUGUUAAUGCUUUUUCCUGCUUGAGAACACUGCCUGUAGGAACAUACUACUAGCCACUACCUCGGAAAUCUUACAUGCCAAAACCUAAACAUGGUAACAAAAGAUCAUUAUCUUUCCUCUGUUUACAGGUUUAUACCCUCCCCCUUAUUAAUGCUAUUUCCUUGCGUAUCCAGACCUUUUACUAUGUUGAAAUGUGGGUAUUUUAUGAGAUAACUACUUCAAAACAGCCUCUUUAUUUACUAGUUACAAUCUCACUCAUGAUUUCAGAAUCUUUCCUGUAAAUGAAGCUAUAGAAAUAUAUAUACACACAUACCUUCUCAACUUGUAUUUCACUACAUAUUCUUUUUGUGUAAGUGAAAUCACACAAGCAGCUCCUUAUUCACAUUCUUUACCAAUACCCAAAACAAUCACCACGUGCUAAUUUCAGAUGCAAAAGCAUGCUUUGAUCAAGCCACAGAGGAUUAUCUAAUUCUGUUUCAAUUCCAAUUCCACUUUUUAAUCUGAAAUGAAAGUUUUUCAGUUGUCCUUCAAAAGUGUAUUGGAUGAAGUUGCAUAUAAAAUAAUGUUUAGAAACACAACUUCUGAAAGCUUAACUUCAUAGAAGCAUCCCUAAAAACUUAGUUUGUAGAAAAUUAGAAUACUUAUUUAGCCUUAGAGCACCACACAACAUAGCAAGUGCAACUUUUCAAAGGCUUCUUAAACCUCCUUAGAUAACUUUGCUUUCAAAAUAAUCUAAGUGUGUGUGUAUACAUUUUUAUUUUAUUUUUUACACAAGGUAUUUUUAAUUGAAAUUCACAAAUUCUGCUCAGCUGUACUCCUGAGAGUCUUUUACACAACACCAUCUUCCCAUUUUAAUAUAAUGGUCUAAGUACAGCAUAGCAUGACUCCAAGUAUAUUUGUUCCUAGCAGAUUAUGUAGGCCAAGCCUUGUUCCACUGCUUUUUCCUGACAAGGAAACGGGACAAUAUAACUAGCAGCAAAGCUGAAUUAUGUUUUUACCUGUAAACAAGUACAACUUCAGCUAAAAGUCCAUGCAAAGAAACAGAAGUACCCUUGUACAGCAAUGCUCUUGCUCACUCAGGAAAAAAAAGAAUCAGAUGUUUCAAUUGAAAAGAGAAAAUGAUUCUAUCAUAAUCUAAAAAUAGUGUUAACUACUCAAGAAAAUUUAACUAGCAGAAUCUCACUCCGCUUCUUUAAACUAUGUAGUGCAUUAAAAACACAAAAUGACACAAGGCCUCAACAGUCACUUCAUAUAAUCAAUGUGACACCAUGUUCCAAUUACACACCUAUGCAUUUCUGACACCUCAGUUUCAUUUUCUCCCCUCAAACACCUACCACAAAUGUAAACUCUUCAGAAUGCCUGAAGUGUGCUAGUUACUACUACCAGAUCAACUUUGUACUAACUUAAGAUAGUAUAGAUUCCUAAUUUGUAGCUAUAGUUAAGAAACAAAUGCAUGAUGAUGUAUCACUACAUCUAAAAUACUGAUUUUAUAAGCUAUUUUGUAUUAGUUUGGUUUAUCUUACUUUGCUAAGCCUUGAUUUGUUAGUGCUUGUGCUAUGGGGAAUUAAGUACACAGUUAUGAACAUUCUGAUGAUCUGUGACUACGACUUUUGCAACCUAAGUGACUUUUAGUCACUUCUUAAGUGACUAUGUCAAGCAUCAACUGUGGGGGUUCAUCUUUCUGGAAAGAGGAUACAAUUACAAGAUUAAGUAUAAAAUAUUUUUCCCUGAAUUCAUUACCCAAGGAAGACAUAGGAAUCCCAGCAUUUUCCAUUUUAAGUCAUUUGGUGUAACAAGAAAAAUUCCAUUGUUUUAAUGCAACUGAGAACAAAACUAAGACUGACAAGCAAGAAUAAUAUGUAGCUUUCAUUUUCCCACGGUAUUUAUAAAACUUCAGUGUUCCCAUGUUUUCUGCAAAAGGUAAAAAAUAACCGCAAAGCAUGUAAAAAUACAUUCCAACUUCAAGCCAAAUAUAUUAGAAAAGAAAAAAAAAGCCACCAAUUUUCUCAUACCUCUUCUGAUAAAUGCCUAAGAUAGAGAAAACACAGAUAGACAUGUAAGUGUAAGAACAUUACAAAGCAGUCAUUAUCUGAUCCAACUCUCAUCACAAAUUGUUACUGCUAAAGAAAGCUCUAUCAUUAAUAGGAUCAGUAUUGCUAAAACAUUUCCUAUAAAAACAAUUGUGUAUACACAAAUAUAUGCAUAUUUAUGUAAUAUGUACACACGUGUAAGCAUUCUAAGACCUAAUCACUACAUUAUUAACUUUACAUUAAAACAUUGUAUGUAUUUUUCAAAAACACUAAAUACCAACAGUAGACUAAUAAAUGCUUUUAGUAUUUUAUAAACAAACCAAAGUAGACAACUGAUACCUUCUGAAAGCCUCAUGCAGGCAGUAAGUUCUCCAAUAUAUUUUAAUUUACUUUUCCCAUUCAUAGCAAGGCAACUCAUCAAAACAUUACAAGAGAAGGGAUUCAGCUUGCAGGAUUUUUGCUUUUUGUUUGUGUGACCAGUACUACUAUCAAGUUGAAUGUACACCCCUCUUUUUUUUCUUAUCACUCAUUUCUGUUCUGUAUUGCCAAUAAAACUUGAAAUUUUUUCUUGUU